AGUGUCUGCGCGAGGAGCAGGGAGGAGAAAGAGAGAGAGAGAGGGGGGGGGCGGGUUUGGAACGUUGGACCAGGAGCCGCGCGAUACACGGCGUUCCAUCGGGGCGGGUUUGGAACGUUGGACCAGGAGCCACGCGAUACACGGCGUUCCAUCGGGGCGGGUUUCGAACGUUGGACCAGGAGCAGCGCGAUAACACAGCGUUCCAUCGGCCGGGCUUCUCGAACGCGCUGUUGCGCUCUCUCGUCCGCUGCAUCCAUCCACACAAUGGCUCACUUCAACAGAGGUCCCGCGUACGGGCUCACCGCCGAAGUGCGAAACAAGAUUCUUCAGAAAUAUGACCCUCAGAAAGAGGAAGAGUUGCGUGUCUGGAUUGAAGAAGUUACAGGCAGACGUUUGGGUGAGAACUUCCAGCUCAGUCUUAAGGAUGGUGUCAUUCUUUGCAUGCUCAUGAACAAGCUACAACCCAAUUCAAUCAAGAAAAUAAAUGAAUCCAAAUUAAACUGGCACCAGCUGGAGAAUAUUGGUAACUUUAUUAAAGCUAUCCAGUCCUAUGGGAUGAAGCCACAUGACAUUUUUGAAGCAAAUGAUCUUUUUGAGAAUGGGAACCUGACUCAAGUACAGACAACGCUUUUGGCGCUUGCAAGUCUGGCAAAAACUAAAGGCUUUCACACAAGAAUGGAUAUUGGCGUUAAGUAUGCAGAUAAACAGGAAAGGCACUUCAAGGAGGAAAAACUGAAGGCUGGACAAAGUGUAAUUGGGCUUCAGAUGGGGACCAACAAGUGUGCCAGCCAAGCAGGUAUGACUGCCUAUGGGACUAGAAGACACCUUUAUGAUCCGAAGACUCACACCGAGAAACCUUACGAUCAAACAACCAUAAGUCUUCAGAUGGGAACAAACAAAGGUGCCAGUCAGGCUGGUAUGACAGCCCCAGGUACCAGAAGGCACAUCUACGAUCAGAAAGUGUCGACGGAGAAAUGUGACACUUCGACAAUAUCGCUGCAGAUGGGCACUAAUAAAGGGGCGUCUCAAACAGGCAUGACUGUAUAUGGUCUUGGACGGCAGGUGUACGACUCCAAAUAUUGUGCCACCCCAACUGAGCCUAUAAUCCACAAUGGAAGCCAGGGAACAAAUGGUUCAGAAUACAGUGAUGGAGAUUACCAAGGUGAAUAUCCAGGUGAAUACCCUGACGACUAUCCCCUGGAAUAUCAGGAUGAGUACCAAGGAGAUUACCGUGGUGAAUAUUCCGAUCACGGUGUUGAUUAUUAAUGAGCAGUAUUAUGACCCAAUACGCCUUUGUGAACUAGCUAGACAGCUUUGGUUUUGCUACACAGUCUUCCAUGAAUUUAAAGGUCCAAAAGAUUGGAUUGCUGCCUUUUCCGUGCACAGCUAAUCCAUAAAAUCAGUAUUUUGCUGUCUUGCUUUUCUAUUCUUUAUUGCCACUUGCUGGUAACAGUAAUUACCAUUUUUUAUGUACUGGAGAUAAUUCAGUUUCACUUUGACUUGAAAGAAAAAUAAACGAAAAACAUUUUUAGAAGUCGUGCCUGGUGCCUUCCCACCGUUUAAAAGUUGUUGUUUUUGACUUUAAUUGCCUCCUUCUUACACAGCAUGUUUGAUUGGAUUUUGGGAAGCUGCCAGAAAUAUUGCUAAAAUAGGACUUGGUAAUUUUCCUUUAAACAAACACAAAGCAUGUUUGCUGCACCAAGUUGCUGUCAGCUAUGAUGUAGUGACAAAUGUUAAGAGCUGAAACCAGUAUAAAUGUGCAUCUACAGCUAGCCAGUUGUCAUAUCCUUUAGUCUUAUGAUUUUUGUUCUAACUUUCAUAACCAUUUUGUAUGGAACCAAUGCCUUUUCAAAUACACAACCUAAAGCGAACACAAAACUAUGAAGAAACCUUAUUCCUGGAUAAUGGCUCUUCUAAGGUUAGAAAUGAAAUGGCCCACGACAGCUACAAGUAAGAAAAGGGGCAGUUCCACAUUACUGUGUUAUGGGGCCCAAAGCGAAAGUACUGGGGCACAAAUCUUAAAUAGUCAACCAUGCCUUAAACCUUUACAUCCUGAACUGUUAAAACAAUGAAACUAGUUAUGCAAUAUGUAGGGUAAUAAGUUUAAAACAAUACAUUUUGAUGUAAUGCAUUGUUUAGAAUUAUUGGGAUGUUGUAUGUGCAAAGAGGCAAAAAUUUGUGAUUGAAAACUGAAAUCAUUCUUUUCAUUACAUUAACCAAAUGAAGUGACUGAAACGAUUGAAUAAAUAUCUGUACUAAAAAGGGACUUUACAAAAUGCAGUGCUUUUAUCCAUUUUUGCUCUAGAUUAAAUGUAUUUUACUUAUGUGCCAUAUUUUAUCCAUGUAGGAAUUCUCUCCUCAUUUUUGUAUUUAUUGCCAUUUUCUUUGGCAUAAAUGUCUUUGUGUAUGGUUCAUUUUUGUGAAUAAAAAUUGCUAUAGAGACAUCAUGUCCACAUAGUGAUGAUUGUCCAUUCCUUUUUUUUUGGCUUGUAUCUUGUUGUUGUCCAUGCCUCGGGUACAUUUUUCCAUGUUAAAAUGCUUUAUAACAAGUGUUUAGAUUUGAUUAUCUCAAAAGUGAAUGAUCUGUUUCUGUGCAAAUUUCAGUUUACUUAUAACUGAUCCACACAAUGCUCUUAUUAUUUUUUUAAAAAAAAGGAAUGUAAAGCAACCUUUCAUUACAACGUAAUCAAGAUUGAUUUUUGCAGUAAUUGCUAAAUCAGUUACUGAUUUGAUUGCUGAAGUGAAUCUCUCAAUUUGUCGCCGUGAUCAAACCCUUAAAAACCAGAAUAUUGAAUCAAAAAUGUUUCCAAUCUUAUUUCUAAAUAAAAUUGGAUUCACUUUCAUGUUUUACCGUUUGGAACAGCAGUGGGUUGGGACUGUGUUCAAAGGUUAAGAAAAUCGUGCUUUAAAAUGUCAGUGUCUCAAGAGUUACUUCUGUACUACACAGUUCUUACUGAGCAGUGGUUACCCCACAUAGAGGCAUGUAUGUUGGGCCUCAGGAGCAGGAGGAAGUUUGAUGGAAUUAAAUGCAAAUAUAAAUCAUUACUACAUAUUUCAAUCAGUUCCGCACUUUAUACUGGUGAGUAGUUGUUGGCCAGUACAAGCCAGAAUUACUAGUCUAAAAUCACAACAGCACCCCAUUUAGUGGAGAAUUAAACUGUUUGGGUUCAUUGGAAAAUUUAUCAGUGCAAAGCAAUUUAACAUUGGCACGAACAUUGCACUGGUAAAUGCCCUGUAAGAAAAUGGGAUCCAAUCUGACUCCAGAGGAAAAUACAAAGAGACACUCCCUAGAAGUGGGUAGGCUUUGACACAAUAUGGAUGGUAAAUCCAGUGCAGUGUCAUAUCUGAUUUUUAAAAUGUAGGAAAGUCUUGUCACAACUGUACUGGGCAUUGAUGAGACCACACCUGUAUUGCAUUCAGUUUUGAUCUCCUUAUUUAAGGAGGGAUAUAUUUUCAUUGCGCCUUCUCUGAACUGCCUCCAAUGAGGAAAAGUUGAACAUGUUCAGCCUAUACUCAUUGGAGGGAGGUGAUCCCAUUGAAGCAUUAGAUUCUGAGGAGGCUUGACAGGGUAGAUGCUGAGUUUGUUUCCUUUUGAGGGAGAACCUAGAGCUAGGGGGCAUAGUUUCAGAUCAAGGGGCUGCCCAUGAAAGACAGAUGAGGAAUUUCCUCUCCAGGACCUUACUCUCUACCCCAGGGACGACUGGGUCAUAUAGUAGAGGUCGAGUUAGAGUUUUGAUCAACAAGGGAGUCUAGGGUUAUGGGGGACUGGCAGGAAAGUGGAGUUGUGGUCAUGAGCCGACCAGCCAUGAUCUUAUUGAAUGGCAGAGCACAUUUGAGGAGCCAUAUAACCCAGGUAUGUCCCUAUUUCUUAUGUUCUAUUUGAACAUUCAAGUAAUCAGAACCUUCUUCCUAUUUUCUAAACUUAAUGGCCCAGAUCUUCCAAUUUGGAUCGGAAGCCCCAUUUCCGACCAUGAUCAGACAAAAUAUGCACCCUUCCAGCGAUUAUUUCAGGGUAGUCUUCUGAUGGAGGAUCCUUCACAUUCGACUCAGUGCAGCAAACCUCGUAAGGAACAGUGCAGAGAAUCUGUGAAGACAUGCCUCCCUUUUUAUUGCAGCACCAGCUGCCAUGUUCUGAUUAAACACAAUUUAAAUGUCCCAAAGCAUCUUUGAAAACAGCUAGGGUGAGAUUUUGUGGGUAAGGUGUGUAAGGGGGCAGGGUGGUGGGUGCAUGAGUAGGUAGGGGGUGGUCGGGUCAAGUUGGGGCUGGGGACUAACCUGGUCACGGGACCCAGAUGAGUUAUUUGGUGGGGGUGGUGGCAGUUGUAUAGUUAUCUCUGUUAGACUAGUUUUUUUUUUCCUAGGUAAGUAUGCUGGCAAGUUAAAAUCAUUAAGUCUCUGGGGGAAGCAGGGGAAUUGCCCAUUGGGCAAUUGGCCAUCACAAUUUCUGGUCAAUUCCCAUGCAUUUGGAAUUCUGAGGGGUCAGUAGUGCAUCUUCUGGGGUUUGUCCGGUGUCUGGCCAGAGAUCGGAAGAUCUGGGCCUAUGUUUUCAACUUUUAGGAGAGAACUCUGUCCUGUCUACCCAGGCAUGCACACAGCUUAACUUCUGGGUGAGACUUUUGCAGCCAGCCAUGCUAAAUGAAGCUGUGCCUAGCUGGAACUUGAAUGCAGUCACUGGUCUCGAACUGCAAUGUGGAUACAUCCUUAUUGAGAAAACCCAAGUCUUUUUGUAAGCUAAUUGACAAUCUUUUGUGACAGACUAUUUAAAUAUUAAGUACUGGUCAAGCACUCAGUUUUCACCAUUACUAAAGCAACUAUUGGUGCUCAUUUUGUACUAAAAUUAUCAGAGCAAAGAAUUUGAGUAUAGCCUGUUUAUCUACAAACAUAGGCAUAACAGGAUAUGGUACGUAACUAAAACACAUUCACAUUCAUAGUGUCAUCGAGUCUAACUGCGGUACCAUCUUCCACCCAUAACAUUAACAGGUUAGAAUAUUAUGUGCAGUAUUGCACUGCACACUAUAGGAAGGAUAUUGAGACUUUGGAGAGGAUACAAUGUAGAUUCAAUGGAUUGCUGUCUGGGAUGACGGAAUACAAGUGUGAAGAAAAACUUGGCCCUUUUUUGUUGGAAUAGUCCAGAUUUUGGGGUGUUAAAAGCUUCUCUAAAAAUGGAUGGAUCAAUGUAGAUUGAGCCAAACCUUUUCAGUAGUUGGGUUGGAACUGCUUUGCGAGGCUGUGAAAUGCGCAGUUGGGAGUUGGUGAUUGAAAUAGAAACCAUGUUGACACAAGUUGUGAGGUGACUGAAGGGAAAUGGAAACAGCAGGCACAAGGGAUUAGGGACUGCUGUUUAGGUUGACACAACACCAUAUUGCACAGGUUGGACUGAAUGAUCUGCUUCUGUAUCAUAAUUUCUAUGUAACACUUGAAUAAAACAAAUGAAAAACUAAA